GCACAGUACACGUUGGUUGAGUUUAGAGUCUGAUGAUUUUGUUGCUGAUGUACCAACAGCCUUGUCAGCAUUAACAUCGGUCCUGCUUUUCGUACCUUCUCUGGUUCGUCCUGGUGUUUAUCUUUCCGAAAAUCAUUAUAACCUCAGCUAUGGACAAAAAUAUUAUCGGAUGCAUUUGCACAUAAUGUGA